AUGGCAGUAUACUCCGAUCAUUCUUCUCGUCCAAUGGGUUACAGGUUUCACCCUACGGCCAGGGAAGUCAUGAAGUAUCUAUUAGGGUUUGUGAGAAACGAAACACUUCUGGAACAGUACGAAGUCAUGCAGAAUGUUGAUCUUUACGCGAAUAAGGACCCGUGGAAGAUUUUCGAAGCUUAUGAGAAUAUCAAAAACACUCGUUACUUCAUAACUCCGCAAAAGAAAGGGAAGGGCACUUGGAAAUCUCAAAACAAAGGCCAAGAGGUGUUUGAUGAUAAAGGGAGACUCAUGGGGUACGUUAAAAGUUUGAAGUACAUCCCCUCUAACAAAUCUUCGAACAACGUUAAUGGUGAGUGGUUGAUGACUGAGUAUUCUUUGUGUGAUCAUUAUGUUGAUGCUGGGGAAAUUAAGAACAAGGGCUACAUAGUUUGUAAGAUCAAGAAGAAGGAAAAACUCGGUGAUAAAAGAAAAGAAAACAACGCCAACAAUAUUGAGGUUAACGAUGAGAAUAUGCAAGAUGUUGCAGAAUAUAUCGAUUCUGUACUACAAGAUGAUGGAAUAGCAAAGGGUGAAGAGAAUAUUACGGAAUAUCUAGCGGAGAAUGAAGUCGAAGAUCAUGUUCUUGCUUUGUUGGAUUGUUCUGAUGAUGAGGAGAAUAUUGAAGAAUGCCUAGAUCAGGGGGAUGAAGUACUCGAACACCAUGCACAUGCUAAUAUAUUAAGGUCCGCCGAAGAUGUCGAUCUGGAUAGUAUAAACUUUACACUGUAA